AUGCCUGGAUAUGAAGAGGCAAAAAAGGCCAUGGAGGAAUACCUAAAGAAGGUUUGCCCUGAUGUGAACGAGCGUGUGUGCGGUACGGACGGAGUCACGCACACCAACUCGUGCUACCUGGGCGUCGCCAGCUGCAAGAAUCCAGACAAGAAUAUUGCCCUGGUCUCCAACGACAACCGCUUGUUCAAAGCUAUUAUAAACCCGUCAACAUUAAAAAUUCAAAAUUACGUUUCAGUGUAA